UUUAAAUACUAGCGACAGAGCCGGCGAGCGUCAGUUGAAAACAAACGCUUGCGAUUGUCACUAGAGAGUUUCUCUGCGAUUUGCAUACAGCUUUGCAUUUCUAUCACAUCAGUUCUAUCACAGCAGUUUUAUUUUUAUUAUCUGAAAGAAGAAAUGGCUCUCCUACCUUUCUUGUUGGAUUAUGAGCUAGAGCGCCCCCGACGAUUGAUGGAUCAGCAUUUCGGGUUGGGCUUGACUCCAGACGAUUUGCUGAGCGUCGUAGCCGGUCCCAUGGUAAGCCGGGAGUACUACAGACCAUGGCGACACUUGGCCGCUGCGACGCGUGACUUGGGGUCCAGCAUCAAGAACGACAAAGACAAAUUCCAAGUUAACCUCGAUGUCCAGCAUUUCGCACCGGAAGAAAUAAGCGUAAAGACCGCUGACGGCUACAUUGUGGUGGAAGGCAAACACGAGGAGAAGAAAGAUCAGCACGGUUUCAUUUCGCGGCAGUUCACCAGGCGGUAUGCGCUCCCGGAGGGUUGUACACCUGACACCGUGGAGUCGAGGCUGUCUUCAGACGGCGUGCUGACUGUGAUUGCCCCACGAAAAGUGCCCCCUGCGGUGCAAGGGGAACGCAGUGUGCCCAUUGCCCAAACCGGCCCAGUUCGCAAGGAAGUAAAGGACCAGGCGAACGGAGACAAAGCUGAAUAAGUUCCAAGCCAUUCCAUUUUUCUUUUUCGUUGUAAGACUGAUUUAGUUUUAAUUUCGUUAAUAAAUUUUUCAUUUAUCUA